AUGAUGCGGCUGAGAGUGCGUAAAGCUCCUCAGCAGCCCACCUUUGGCCGUCGAGCCCCCACCUCCCAGGCCAAAAGGAAACGCUGUGGAGUGGAUGCACUCCCACUGAGAGCUCGGGGCAGAAUGCAGAAAAAUGAAAGGGGCCUCUUGUCCACCAUCAAGAAGUUUAUCCGGGGGGAUCCUGUUAAGGUGGAGCCAAAUAUUCCUGCCAAGAGGAGUCGCAUUGAUUGCAGCGCGAAAAGCGAUCUCAUCACUUCAGCACCACAAACUCGAGGCUUUGCCAACAAAACAGUCUCUAGAGUUUGCAGAAAAAGUCCAGUUAAAGAUACAAUAACAUGCGACAACAAAACCUUGAAACCAAACGGCAAACUAGAAGGUUCAGUUGAGGCGGCGAGCAGUCCUCCGCACACCACACUACUGGGAACCAUCCUCUCUCCUGUCUUCAACUUUUUCUCACCAGUAAACAAAACCGCCACGCCCGGUUCAGACUCUCCUGGCCAAGCCGUGGAGGCAGAGGAGAUCAUGAAGCAGCUGGACAUCGAGCAGGCCGAGGAAAUGCCCAGUAGUACACUCACGUCCUCUGAGGGCAUCACCGCUUGUUACGGCGCGCCCCUGUUGCCGCAGAGGCUGCAGAUAGGCGCCGACUCCACCGUAGAGGAUGGAGAGAUUGUGGCUGAAAGUGACAUGCCGUCAUUGACAGCACCUCCCGGUUGUUUGCCAGAUGGGAGCUAUCCACACACGUUACCCUCCGCCCCCGCAGAGCCGUCAUACGAGGAAGACUGGGAAGUGUUUGAUCCGUACUUCUUCAUCAAGCACGUGCCACCUUUGACGGAAGAGCAGCUGACCCGCAAACCGGCGCUACCUUUAAAGACGCGCAGCACGCCUGAGUUUUCGCUCGUCCUUGACUUGGACGAAACUCUGGUUCACUGCAGUUUGAACGAGCUGGAAGAUGCGGCUCUUACCUUCCCUGUGCUCUUUCAGGAUGUGAUAUACCAGGUGUACGUGCGGUUAAGGCCAUUUUUCCGAGAGUUCCUCGAGCGCAUGUCUCAAAUGUAUGAGAUUAUCCUGUUCACGGCAUCAAAGAAAGUGUACGCCGACAAGUUGCUCAACAUCCUCGAUCCCAAAAAGCAGCUGGUCAGACACCGUCUAUUUCGUGAACACUGUGUGUGUGUCCAAGGAAAUUAUAUAAAAGACCUCAACAUUUUGGGACGGGAUCUUUCCAAGACGAUAAUAAUCGACAACUCACCACAAGCCUUCGCCUAUCAGCUCUCCAAUGGGAUCCCGAUCGAGAGUUGGUUCGUGGAUAGAAAUGACAAUGAGCUUCUCAAGCUGGUUCCUUUCCUCGAGAAGCUGGUGGAGCUGAACGACGAUGUCCGGCCGCACAUCAGAGAGCGCUUUCGCUUGCACGACCUCUUGCCUUCAGACUGAGCAGCCGGCGUCCGCCGUUGGAUCGGCGUGGGGAAGCCCCUCCCUCCCCUACCAAGGAAGGAUGAUGUAUACCG